ACAACAUCAUCAUCAUCGUCAGAGCUUCAUAUUACAAAUAAUAAUGAUUAUUAUGGCAAUAAUAAUGAUAAUAAUUAUAAAAUGAACGGAACUGAUCAUGAAAUAUUGGAAUUAUUAUUGGGACCAGUUCGUGAUCCAUUGGGUACUGUAUUACCAAUGUCAAUAUUAUAUAUUGUUCUAUUAACCACCGGUACCAUUGGCAAUGUUUGUACUUGUAUUGUGAUUGCACAUAAUCGUUAUAUGCAUACGGCAACAAAUUUUUAUCUAUUUUCAUUGGCCAUUUCCGAUCUAUUAUUAUUGAUACUUGGCCUGCCACAAGAGCUAUUUUUAUUAUGGCAAAAAUAUCCAUACAUUUUUGGUGAAUUUUUUUGUCUUGUACGUGGCCUAUCAUCAGAAACAUCGACAAAUGCAUCAAUAUUGACCAUUACGGCAUUCACUGUUGAACGUUAUGUUGCCAUUUGUCAUCCAUUAAAAUCACAUACAAUGUCACAAUUACCACGAGCUAUUAAAACAAUAUUAGUGAUAUGGGCUGUUAGCGCUAUUUGUGCCUUGCCUGUAGCAUGGCAAUUUGGUAUCAUUUUCAUGAUCAAUAAAUCGAAAACAUUACGAAACAUAUCUCGUCAAUGUGGAAUGAAAGUUGUUUAUAUUGAAUAUGGUUUCGAAACAUCGGCAAUCGUAUUCUUUUUGGUACCAAUUACAUUGAUUACCGUUUUAUAUGUAUUGAUUGGCAUUAAUCUACGUCGUAGUUCACAACAACAUCAAAGUAUCAUAUUGACAGCGACAACAACAAAUCGUGAUCAUUAUCAACAACAGAAUAAUCAUCAUCAUUCGAAUCAUCAUUAUCUAUUUGCAAAAAGUACAAAUGAUCAACAGAAUCAAUUGUUACCAAUGCAUUCAACAUCAAUAUUAAAAUCAUCAUCAUCGGCACGUGAAUUAUCGACAACGACAACGACGACGACGGCGACUAAUCAAAAAGGUUUAAAUAAUAAUUCGAAUGUUAAUCAAAAUUCGAAUCAGAAUUUACAAACAAAUCAUCAACCAUUAUCGACAAAUCAUCGUUCAAGUAUUCUAUAUCAACGUAAUAAUUCCAUUUCAAGCUCGUAUCAGAAACAGAUUGCCUCAAGAAGAUCGGUCAUACGAAUGUUAGUGGCCGUUGUAAUAGCCUUCUUUUUUUGUUAUUCACCAUUUCAUGCUCAACGUGUUUUGGCUACAUCAAUGCAUCGUUAUAAAAUUAAUUCACCAACAAUACAUUAUGUUUAUGUAUUAUUGACACAUAUAUCGGGUAUUACCUAUUAUCUAUCGGCAACAAUAAAUCCAAUACUUUAUCAACUAAUGUCAAGAAAAUUUCGUAUCGCAUUCAAAGAUACAUUUGGUAAUUGUUGUCCUUGUUGGCGGCGUUCAAUGCCCGACAUAACUUAUAUGAAUAUUGUUGGACAGCUAGCGUGUGGUGUUGGUGGUUCAUCAUAUCACCUGAAUCGUAUACCAUCAUUUCAGAAUAAUUAUUCAUUUCGUCGACCAUCAAGUUUCACAAAUAUUGAUCAUCCAUCACAACAUUUACGUAAUUAUUCAUCAAUGAAAUCUAUACAUUCAUUUGAUCCGGUUGUAAUGUCAUCAACAACAGGCACAGCCAUUGUUGGUGAACCAACACCACCACGAACACCUUCUUCGGUGUUGACGUUUCGUUUGGAUUGUCAAGAAAAUGAAUUAACAACUGAUUCAUUAUCCACUUCAACAACAACAAUGAGAAAAAAUUCCGAUCAAACAACAAUUGUGGUUAAUAAUGUGGAUAAUAGUAGUAAUGUCAAUGUUGCAUUAACAAUUCAAGAUAAUAAUAGUAGUGAACAAUCAAAAUCAUCACAGAAUUCCACAACAAGACCAUUGGUUAAAUUUAAACAAUUUCUUGAAGUACCUUCAGUAAAAUUCUAGAUCAAACAACAACAACAACAACAAAAAAAGAUAACACAAUCAUUUCAAUCUGACAACAUGCAUUCAUCCAUGCACAAAACAUUGAACAAUAAAUGAAACGCUUCACUGAUUCUCGUGGAUAUGUAUAAGCGACAAUUUUGGAAUCAUCUAAAAUGAAUCGGCCAAAUUUUUAGCAAGAAUCGACAAAAAAACAAGACCAAUCCGAUCCGAACGAUCGACCAAAAUUAUUUUUCCUCGUGAUUUAUUCAUCAAUGAUGGUCUAGGGUAAUUUUUUUUUUUUUCCAUUCAAUUUGUUAUUCCAUGGAAAACUAAACAAAUCUCUUGCUAUUUGAUUCUA